AUGGCACUCCCAGUCGACCGUCCCACGUCUACGGCAGCACUUGUGAUCGCUACCUCAGUCCUUACAGGCGUAAUUGGGUACUAUCUCGGCCAAGGCGCAUCGAUAGGAAUAUUCUCAUCCACUCCCGGCCAUGCGCAUAAGGGCAAAUCAAUAGCGAACGAGGACGAGGAUGAAGAUGAGGAGGAAGACGAAGAUGAGGACGAAGAUGCAGGUGAACUGGCGACAUUUGAGGGGAAUACAGACGAAGUGAAGCUUGUUCUGGUCGUGAGGACAGACCUGGGGAUGGGCAAAGGCAAGAUCGCAGCACAAUGCUCCCACGCGACUCUCGCAUGCUACAAAUACUAUUUCAACAAAUCACCCGAUUCGCCUAUUCUGAAGCGCUGGGAACGACAGGGCCAGGCAAAAGUUGCGUUACAGGCAAAGACAGAGGAGGAUCUACUAGUUCUGCAGGCUCAGGCUAUCAGCCUUGGACUGUGUGCUCGUGUGAUCCAGGACGCAGGACGAACACAGAUCGCGAGCGGAAGUCGGACGGUGUUAGGCAUAUUAGGUCCAAAGAGCGUAGUAGACUCAGUUACGGGACACCUGAAGUUGUUGUAA